UGAACAAACGUUCGGGGAGGAGCAGCACGGGCAGCCAAAAGAGAAAUAUGUGAAGAGUAAAAAAGUUGCGCUGCAUUGAGUCGUGGUCGAGCCGUACUAGUUUCCCAAAUGUGCACCACAGAAGUCUCUCACCUUCUCUCCAGUUUCCUUGAUGAGCCAGUAGUAUAAAACUACUUUCUAAAAGACAAGCGAGCUUUGGAAGUCCAGACUGAAGAUAACUUGUUUUCUUUCUCUUUUUGGAACUUGUUGGCCGGGACUUUACGCGCGGUGACUACCGUGGAAAGCAGAAUGCAGGCGCGCUACUCUGUGUCCAGUCCCAACUCCUUGGGUGUCGUACCCUACAUCAGCAGUGACCAGAGCUACUACCGGACCGCUGCCGGGGGGGGAUACACCGGCAUGCCCGCGCCCAUGAGCAUGUACUCACAUGCGGCCCACGACCAGUAUCCCGCCAGCAUGGCGCGUGCGUACGGACCGUACACCCCUCAGCACCAGCCCAAGGACAUGGUUAAACCACCCUACAGCUACAUCGCUCUAAUCACCAUGGCAAUCCAGAACUCACCGGACAAGAAGGUGACUCUGAACGGAAUUUACCAGUUUAUCAUGGAGCGCUUCCCUUUCUACCGAGACAACAAGCAGGGCUGGCAAAACAGCAUCCGGCACAACCUGUCGCUCAACGAGUGCUUUGUCAAAGUGCCCCGGGACGACAAAAAGCCGGGAAAGGGCAGCUACUGGACCCUGGACCCCGACUCCUACAACAUGUUCGAGAACGGCAGCUUCCUCAGGCGCCGGAGACGCUUUAAAAAGAAGGACGUGCAGAAGGACAAAGAUGAGCGGGACAGACCAGGGAAGGACGCCUCGGCGCGCACCCCGGGCCGCGAGCCGCAGCAGGAGCUGCCCCCCGUGCAGGGCGGGCAGGGCUCCCAGCCCGUGCGUAUCCAGGAUAUAAAGACAGAGAACGGCACCUCUACGCCACCGCAGGCCGCGUCUCCGACCCUGAGCGCCGUGCCGAAGAUUGAGAGCCCGGAUAGCAGCAGCAGCAGCAACAGCAGUAUCUCCACGGGUAGCCCUCACAGCGUGCCCUCCUCCCGCUCCAUCAGCAUGGACGGUCCCGAGCACCACCACCAUCAUCAACAGCACCACCCGCAGCAGCAGCACCAGCAGCAGGGGAGCGGUGGCGGGCAGGCCUUCAGUGUGGAUAACAUCAUGACAUCCCUUAGGGGGUCGCCGCAGGCCGAUCUCUCCCCGCCUCUCAUUGCGUCCUCUCGGACCGGUAUCAACCCGUCACUGUCGAUCAACUAUUCGCCCAAUAACCAAACGUACAGUUCGGUGACCUGCAACCAGAACGCCAUCAACGCUUCCAACUCGCCGAACGCAACGUAUCACUGCAACAUGCAAGCCAUGAGUCUGUACGCGGGGGACAGGGGAGGGGGACACCUAGGCCCCUCCACCACCAGCAGCAGCAGCACCCUGGACGAGACGCUGCCCGACUACUCCAUCACCACGACCACCACCUCUCCGCUGGGACACGGCAACCUGGGCCAGGCGGGGCAGGACGGGCACCACGCACACCACCAGGGCCGGCUCGCGUCCUGGUACGGGGACCUGAGCCACCUGAGCGGCACGUACCCGACGCAACAACAGAACUUCCACUCAGUGAGGGAGAUGUUUGAGUCGCAGCGGAUCGGUUUGAACGGCUCUCCGGUGAACGGGAAUAAUAGCUGUCAGAUGGCCUUCCCGUCCAGCCAAUCCAUCUACCGCACCUCGGGAGCUUUUGUUUACGACUGCAGCAAGUUCUGAGUCAGUAAGCUGCAGGACAAUGUGCCUCUCUCUUUAAAUUAAUAACUUUAAUAUAUUUCUUUUGUAUUUUCUUUUUUUGUACUUUAAAUCAAUCUUUUAAUUCACAUCCCGAAUGGACAUAGCACACAUUAAGAGUGUUUUUGCUCUGGUUGUGUGUGUGGGGCGUGUGUAACACCAUAAGCACGUAAGUUUCUCCUUUCACUUUUAUGAAUUGUUUUACAGACUGCAUAUAAUCGUCGCUAUGAAUAUAAACGGUAAAUUAUAUCAUUUAAAGUAAUUUAUUUUAUAGGGAAAUGGGUGAUUAGAUGAUGAGGACCAAACACUCUAAAGUGAUUUAAAUGUUCUGCUCCUUUGUGUGUCCUUAUUCUUAUUAGAAAUAGAGCGGGAACCUGUAUACUGUUAUUCUAUUCAUUUUUGUCUCAUUUGUUUAAAAAUAACUUUCUUGAAGGCCUUUCAGUUUGUUUGUUUAAUAAAGUGCCUUUGAAUCUAUUCUAAUUGGACUGUUUUCUUAGUUUAAUUAUUAUUCAAUCAUAUAAAGGCCAUUCCUUACUCAUACAUUUAAAAUUGAAAACGUAGAUGCCUCAUACAAUGGGAUCUUCACAAUCUGGUGGACUCUAUGUCGAAAAUGUAUAAAUGUUGUAUACAUUUCUUCUAACAAAAUCCAUGAACCAAAGAACGAAAUAAUAAUGUAUUUAAAGUUCAGUAGUCAUACUGCUAAAUUGUUUUUUUCUGAUGAGUUAACAGGCCACUGAAAUAACAGACCCAAUGUUAUUAUUUUAUCACAUUACUUUUAGGUUAAUUAAUUAAUAGAAAAAAACGUUAUUUUACGAACCGCCGUUGAAGAAGGCAAGUGAAGACCUAUAGGCUUCUUUCACAACACAUGUUGUGAAAGAGUCCAAAAGGCCUCAUAACCCAAUCUAUUAAAUAAUAAUAUUGACUAUCAGUUCAUAUUUAUAAUGCCAUUUUUCUGUUCAUAUAAGCCUCCCUCCUGAACCUUUCUGUUACAUUUAUCUUCGUGCAUUGUCAGCACUAACUUGUAGGCCUAUGUCCCUGUAUUUGGUUGCAGGUGGGCCUGAUAAAUUAAGGCUCUGUUAAAAGCAGGAGUGCCUCCCUUCACCCACCGGUGACACGCUGUUGUUUUGAAGGUCCUUGUGUAUUUGCGAUUGAAAUAUAGCCCCUUGCCAGAUGUUUAAUCAUUGUAGUGUUUCCCUGAUGACACGAGGGAAACGGCCAAACCGCAGGGCGACUGCCCAGACCAUGACAAUACAUAAAUUAUGAAUGCAAUUCUGUAUCGGAACAAUUUAUCAAAAAUCGUAUUUUCCUGAAACAUUAAGCGUAUUUUUUGUAUUUUAACAGAGUAGCCUACAUUAUAACUAAAUGCCCAGAUACUUUUCUUCUCAUGGAAAGCCUCGCUAGGUUACCUAGACUACUGCAAUAGCAAUCACAAAGGUAGCCUAAUUGUGUGUGAUUUUUUUUCUUCUGGAAAAUUAUGUAUUUCUUCUUUGCCUAAACAACCAUAUCUUCCAUCACAUGUUUGGCCCAGUGUCAGUUGUGUUGAGUAGGCUACGGCAGGCCCAGUGGGCUAUAGGCCUACCGGACCUGACAGCCGCGGGCCUCAGGGAUCCGAGCUGGGACUGGAGAGGGCACACGUUCAUUCAUUUUAACGCUCCUAAAACCCACCGAUGGCAGUACGGUUGUUUAUCCUAUGUGUAGUCUACAGCAAAAAGGUCAUGCCAAACGGGGGUUCAAUGGCAAUACCGCGCCAUCUUUCUAUCCGUAAAUCCCCCAUAUAAACGUUUCAUUUGGCAAUGAGGAAUAAAACCACUUAUUAGGAUUGAAUGUAGGUUAUGUUAUGUUUAUGAAUAUGGAAGACAUGCAGCAUUAGCCUACAACUAGAUUAAAUGGAUUGAAAGACAUUGCAACAUCAUUAUAUUCUGAUCAUAAUUCCCGUAAUUAACAAAUGAGCGGGGCUGUUCCCAGCACCUCUCAGUUUAAAGCUGAAUGAUUAGGCCUAAUUUGGAGGUUAAAAGCUCAAAUGCGGAAUCCAUAUCACAAAUGAAUAUUUUAUCACUUAAAUUAUACAGAGGCCGAGGCACAUCGUUUUUCAGAGUAAAUAGCCUUAGCCACGUUAAAGAAAGGAGAAGAGAGAGAUGGGUUGCUGUCCUCCAGCCUCUCUCGUGAGAUAUGGGCAGCCCUGGACCCCCCAACCCCAAGUACCAUAUCAACAAGAAACACCCAGAACAGGCGGCAUGUUGUAGCCUAUAUCGUUCAAUACGAAAGAGAGAGUCCUGUGAAGACGCACUGGUUGAAGAUACGGGCCACUGUAUUAGACAUGGAGAGAUCUCGGUCCAUCUGACAGUAUGCGGAUUUAACAGGCGAGGCGAAGAAGCGCCGGGAAGCUUAUUCAGACACCUUCACAUUGACAAUGAUAUGAUGAUAUCAGGCCAAUAGGCCUUAGGUCCAUCAAUAUCAUUGCAGUUCAGGACCAUAUAAUUGCCAUUUGUUCAAUAAUUAACCUUUUAGAUCUACAAACAAAAAUAGCAGGUGUUUGUCACUUCAGACCACAUUCAACUAUGCAUAAUAACUGGCAUCGAGCAUGAGGUAGCCAGACUGCCAAGCAUACCAACCAUCAACAACUUAAAUUAAACAAUUUAAACAAUUUAAAUAACAUAGGCCUAGGCCUCUUCAAUAACUAGGAUAUCUUGUUAUUGGGAUUCUUUCUUUUUUGUAUUUUGAAAGAAUCCCAAUAUUUCAUUCAGUUCCAUUUAUUUGUGCAAUUGGAAAUUAGAAUUUCACUUAGAAUUUUGAAUAUUAACAUUUAGCACAAUCCACUUAUGACGAGGGUUGUGCAUUAACGUUUCAUUCUGUCUCAUCUCAAUAUCAAUCAUUUGCUGUGAUGAAAGCUCCUUUAUAUGUUAUUUAUUGGUAUAACUUAAAGGUAAAGGUAAAAUCGUUAAAAAAACAGUGGACCUAAUUAGGGUAACCAGGCCUAAAUAAAAUCGCAUAAUCAGGUAAUUAAAACUCAUCAUUGGGAAAAAAAAAAGAAAAGAAAUGUAAAAGCCUUGGAUUGUCAUUGAGGCUAUAUUUGUGAUGUCCGAUAGAGGUCCAUUUAGGACCUGUAUCCAUGAAGGUCUAUGAGGUAUUCAUGGUGAAGAGAGACCGCUCUCUCUAUCUUCUUGAUUCCAGGCCAUUUAUAAAUGACCAGUCCAUAUAACUAUAAAUGAACAGUUCAGACAAAAAACACCAACUCCUUUUCUUUACAAUUGCUUCGAUAUAUCUAUUCUAUAGGCCUAAACCUUUUGGAACUUUGUAUCAUCUAUAAAAGCCUUAUGAAAAUGAAUUAGGUAACGCGUUGAUCUCCUUAGAAACGUAGGCUAUAAUGUUAAAUAGACCGAUUGAAUAGAGCAUUUGGCAAAUGAGAUUUAGAAAACGAACAUCACUGAAGAGGAAAUAAUAUUAUUCAAUUGCACUUUCCAAAUUAAUUAAAUGUUUAGCCCACAGGCAUAUCCAAUGCAUUUAAAUCAGAUUGGGCCUAUAUUGAAUCAUUAUAUUUAAAUUAGCCUAAUGGGCCAACGUAUCUGUUUUUUUUGUUAAACCUGUAACACCAUUUGACUUGACAGACGUCAUUCCAGUAGGGUGCUAUUUAUUGAAAUGUAUCUUAACCCGAGCAGCAACACGGCUAAAUAACCGAUUAGGCCGGAUCUUUACCCGAUGGGCACACAUAGGCUAAUAACACAUAAUUAAAAGCCUCAUGUUUAUUCCUACAUGAGAUGUAUUAGAUAUUAAUGUGGCUUUUGCCCUAUUAUAGGCCUAUUUCAUGAUUGAAAAUAACCCAACAUGCACAACUCGUUUUGUUCAAGAUCUUAAUACGUUAAACAACUGGCCCUUUGCGAACAAACCGCAAGUAACAAUGAACAAUCUUCCCUAUGUAUAUUCCACUUAGUGAUAGGCGAAUCACAUCCAGGAGCCGAGGGGGAUAACCCAGUCUCUGUUCCCCAAAGCCAGGCCCCGAGCCCACGAACC